AGCUUCAGAAGUAGGCUACACGAGCCAAUCAGAGAGCAGGAUUCCAUAGCGUCGGUUUGCCCUGCCUGGUCCUGCGAGCCGUUAUUUCUGUGUGUGUGUUGUAUUGUUGUGUUUUCUGAAGCUUCACGGAAAGUAAGCUUUGUUUCUGCUUUAAAGAUGGACAGAAAUUUCCGAAGAUCUCCUGCUCGCUUGGCGAAUAUUGCAGCGCGGAAGCAGUCGCCAGCCAGGCCGAAAUCUCCGGCAAAAUCCAAAUCUCCUGCCAGAUCUAAGUCCCCUUCGAAACCAAAAUCCCCUGCAAAAUCAAAGUCACCAUCUCGUAGUCGCCCAAAGUCUCCUGCCCGUGGCAAAUCACCAGCGAAGAAGUCUCCUGCGAGGAAGGCAUCCAAAUCACCAGCCCGCAAACCAAAAUCCCCCACAAAAGCCAAAAGUGAGCCUAAACCCUCACCUGCUAAGAAACCAAGCAAGAAAAAAGUCUUCCCGGAAGAUGACUACUCAGACAGCGAAACGUCAUCUGUCAGUGUGGAGCCAAUGAAAUUGGACCCCAAAGUGGAAGCUGUAGCCGCAGAGGUAUCUCAGUUGCCGUACCGCAGAUCCGUCAGACAAGUUAUCAAGCAAAUCGCUGCCAGCGGUGAAGGCAAGCUGGACGAUGGUAUCAAGGAUGAAGUGAAGGAAAUCCUCAAAGCAAACAAUGUAAGAACGUCAUCAAAAUCAUCCUCGCCGAAGGGAUACGAGGUCCUCUUUAAAGCCUUGUUGUACUUGAUCGUGUUUCCUGCCAUUGUCACCUUGACUCAUCUCUCUUGCACACGGGCGGAAUCCUGCAAAUUGUGGCCAGUGCGGUUCCCUCAAACGUGGCGUUAUUUUGUCAACCUUGAAUCUUCCCUGAUUUUCCUGGGUUUCGUUGUAUGGCAAAUUUUCCUCUCGAUCUUACCUGUCGGAAAGAAAGUCAGUGGAAUCUCUGAGUCGUUGGAAUACAGAUUGUCUGGUAAUGGUCUGUUGAGCGCUUUCUUGACCCUGUCCGCGAUUGGAGGCCUGCGUUACUUCAAGUUCCCUGUACUUUCGGUCCUGGAUCGGCCAAUGCCGCUCAUCACCACUUCAUAUGCUGUGGCUCUCCUGGUUUCCAUCGUCCUCUUUGUCAAAGGUGGAAAAGCAGCAAAGAAGUCCCUGAACCCGAAAGGCAACACUGGCAACAAAAUUAAUGAUUUCAUCGUCGGAAGAGAAUUGAACCCCAGGAUCAAGUCUUUCGACUUCAAGCUUUUCUUCAAGAGGCACGCCCUGUUGACCGCUCUUGUUUACAAUGCUCUGGUAGCUCUGAAGCUCUAUGAAACUCACAAGACGCUCAACACUCUCCCUGUAACGGCUGUCACUAUCAUCGCCCUCCAGACGCUCUUCAUUCUCGAUUCGCUAUUUUUCGAAGACAACUUUGUAACGACUUUCGAAGCUCAAGUCGAAGGUGUUGGUUUCAGAUCGGUCGUAUAUUACACCCUGUACCCAUUCGUUUUCAUCAACCUCGUCAAAUAUCUUCUCAUCAGCAAAGUUGAAAAAUCGCCUUACGUUCUGGGAGCUAUCGUAGUCGCUCAGCUCAUCGGAUACCUCAUCUACAGAGCCAGCAAUUACCAGAAAAAUGAGUUCAGGAAAAAUCCUUUGAAUCCACGUGCUUCUGCUUUGGAAACCAUCCCUACUGUGCAAGGAAGAAAGUUGAUCGUCAGCGGGCUGUGGGGCAAGCUGCAGCACCCAAAUUACCUGGGUCAAUUGAUCAUCGAGUGGUCGUGGGCUUUCGCUGCUGACUUCAAGCUCUGGGUUCCCUUUGUGUCGGCCAUAUUGCUCACCAUCACGCUCAUCUACCGAGCAGUUGUCGUCAACGCUCACAACAAGUCUGUGUACGGAACAUCAUGGGAUCGGUACACAUCCCGCGUCAAAUACUCACUCAUACCAAAAGUAUUUUAAACAGAUUAACAAAUAUUUUCUCAAUAGUAAGCCUUAAUAACAGCGUGCAAGAAUUGGAGCUGUGUCCGAAUGGCGUAGUUGGUCCAACAGUCGAAGCAAGUUGUAUUACUUCGUGAAUCUUAUUUUAUUUUAUGAGUAUGAACGUGUAGCUAUAUUAAAUAGCUAUUUACCUGCCAAUUACUUCUCCCCCCGACACUCUUUAAUUUCUUUUUCCUUUCAUUUUUUCCCUUCUUAUUUUCUUUUGACUAAAUUAAGAUUUUAACAUUUGCACUCUGGGAUACCUGUCCGACAAAAAUGAGACCUGUUUGAUCUCCGCCUAGUUUUCUCUAUUAUUGUUGAAGAAAUUUUUCUAUUUUAGGUUUAAGACCUGUAAAUGUUGAAAACUCACUUAAUUCUAAUUUCAUGUAUCAUAUACAUACAUUCAAACAUGUACAACAGAUGUAUAAUACGACUUGGUUGCAAUUUUAAGAUCGUUAUUUUUAGAUGCCUCGUGAAUUCAUUUGUAUUUACUGUGGUGGUAAGUUAAUUUCAGAACAAAUCAUCCCUUAUUAAUUAUUUUAUUACAAAAGCAGAUUUUUAACAGGUUAAGUCAUAUGUCAGGUACAUACAAGUAGCAUUUCAUGUUUUUAGGUUUUUGAAUUUGAUUCCAAUGGAAGUGAUUGUGCCGCUAUACUAAAAACAAUUGGUGACCUCAAUCGAAGAGGAGCUGAUUUUAGCCACUAAAUAUUUUUUGGAUAAUUUUUCUCUUGUAUCCCAAUACUAGGAGUAGUUCAAUUUGACACUUUUCACAUCCUUUGUCCUUUGAUGAUAGUUCCUUUUAUUCUUGUGACCAAACCAGCGUCAUGAGUAUGGGCUGAGUCAUCACCAAAUUUUAAAUCGAGGAAGUGAAGUCACUGCUUUUGCUGUUAUCAAUCAUCGCAGACAGCAAGCAUCUGAAUUUCUAUAGCUCUUAUUCUUAAGCUGUUAUAGAUUUUAUUUUGGUGACUGUCCAUGGAAGAGUAAGAGUAACAGUCUGCUUGGAAUGAGUUGCCAUAUGUAUUUCCUCAACAAAUAUUUUUUUACGGAUCUGCAUAAGUGUCAGAUUGCCUAUUUUUGAAGGCACAAAAAGUAGUUACACUUAAAUAUUUUUCAGGAGAUCCUGUUAACGCAUUGGACAAAUUUGCCACCAUGCUAUUAAUUAGAAACAUGAAUUCACUGCAGGAAACUUUUGUUGUGUCAACCUCACUGCCAAUAAAAUGAACGAUGAAAAAGAUAUUGAAUGUCUGUAUGAUUUUUCUUUUUUUGGUAUCAAUCAUUAGGAAUAACAGAACUUACAACAGAAGUUUUUAUAUUAGAUCGCGUCAAUUUAUAACCGGUCAGAGCUUUUUGUUCAAGUCUUUUUUUUUUUCUUUUCAAGUAGCAAUUAUUUCCAUUCAUUUACUACAAACAUAUUUCAUAUUAUCGUUAUGUUAAAUUUUUGUUCUCUUUAAGCCUAUAAAAGAACUCUAACUUUUUUGUUUCUCUCUCUUUCUCUCUCUGAGUUUUAGCAUCCCUCCUCCCCCUCAGUAAUACUUUUGAAUUUGUUAGGUCAGCUCAAGUAUAUGUUUCAUUAUUGUUAACCAGUUGGUAAUAAUGGAAAUAUCACUGAAAAUGAGUCUACUUAUUUCAAAUAUUUGAAAGAAUGAUUGUUGGUUAAAAUUUUUUCCCCUGCUGAGCGCAGCGUUGAAAUUUGUAAGAUCCAGUCGAAUCAUUAUCAUCGUUCAUCUGUACAUAUAAGUAUUCUUCAUUUUUAGAUUACAAAUAAGAGAUUUUAUCUUUAGCUGAUUAAGAGAAGUAAAUUAAGUUGACUUAAAGAUAAUUGGUAAAACUGUUUUUAGAAAAGACAAAAAAAUUUUAUAAAAAAAAGUAUCGUAAUUUAAGGCCAUACUAUAAGAAAAAGUUUGUAAAAAAUAUAUUGUACAGAUUUUAUAAGUAUGUAUUUUUACACAGUGUAUCGCCAGCUUUCAUUCAUGUUUAGUUAUCCAGUAUAACUAGCGUAAUGGUUUUGUGGACCGACCUUCUGAUAGAUUACCCAAAGGAUCUUGCAUUUUGUAUCAUUGUCUCUUGUAUCAUAAAAAGCUUUACGAAGUGAUGUCACUUCAUUGCAAAACCUAGUUUCAUUUAUGGAUCGAGAUUAAUAGUUGAACUGAGCAACAUACGCAUUUGCAGUUUCUGAACUGUAGAAGGAUUAACUUGUAGUUCUUCUAUUCUCUUACUUUUCUAUUUGUUUGUAUGUCUCCUAAAUAAUAUCUCAGCUCUCUCACAUCAUUACAAACAUCUCAUUCAAUAGCUUAUAAAUAACAGAAAAGAUCUUUCUACUAUUAAUCUGAAAACGAGCCAACUUUUCAGUAGAAAAAUAAAGAAGCUAAUAGCAGCUGUUCUAAGUUUUCAAACCUGACCACGUAUAAUUGUAAAUAUUUCAACUUUAUAAUUUAUUUUAUAAUUUACGAAAUUUGAUUUGACCCCGUUAAUUAGUUUUUAGUUUUAUCCACUAAAUGCCCUAAGUUUUUGUUAAGUCUUUGAACUCCCCUCCUUUUUUCUCAGUCCUUUUUUCAGCAGUCAAUUAAUUCUCAAAAUUCUAUUUGAACACAUGCGGGCAUUAGUUAGUUAGUCGAUAAAACAAUAGACUUUUUUCAGUUUAUUUUUCAAGUUAUCUGACACUUUAAGUAUUCUUCUUUUCUUUUUGCACAAUUUCAGGUGCCUCUAAGUGACAAAUAUUGGCUUCCUUUUUUUUAUCUCGCUGCAUAAAUCUCAGUCAAGUGGUGAAUUUAAAAAUUUUGACAAGACUUCAAUGUAUGAUCUUCACGUGUGUUUUUAUGUAAUUUUUAAUAAAUUUACUUUUAAUUGUAAAAA